CCUUUACCCGGAGCCGCUGCGCGCUUUCCCCUUCGCCGCUCCACUCCACUCCACUCCCUGCUCUGUUCCCCUAUCCUGCCCCGAUCCGCCAUCGCGCAAUGCCGCGCCGUCUGCUGCUGCUGCUGCUGCCGCUCCUUCUCGCCGCCAGGGUGCGCCUUGGCGCGGGGGAGGACACGGGAGGGGAGAGGACGUACAUCGUGCGGGUGGACGCCGACGCGAAGCCGUCGGCUUUCCCGACCCACGCGCACUGGUACGAGUCGGCGGUGCUGGCGGCGUCCGGGGCCGGCGGGGGCUGGCCGGAGGGCGGCCCGCUGAUCCACACCUACUCGUCGGCGCUCCACGGCUUCUCCGCGCGGAUGUCGCCGUCUGCCGCGGCCGCGCUGGCCGGCGCCCACGGGGUGGCGGCCGUGCUGCCGGAGCGCGUCCGCCGCCUCGCCACCACGCGCUCGCCGCGGUUCCUCGGGAUGCUCUCCUCCCCGCCGUCGGCCAUCCUCGCGGACUCCGACUUCGGCUCGGACCUCGUCAUCGCCGUCAUCGACACCGGCAUCUCGCCCGCGCACCGCAGCUUCCGCGACCGCGGGCUCGGCCCCGUGCCUCCCAGGUGGCGCGGGGUGUGCGCGUCCGGGCCCGGGUUCCCGCCAGGCUCCUGCAACCGCAAGCUCGUCGGGGCGCGCUUCUUCUCCGCGGGCUACGAGGCCACCUCCGGCCGGAUGAACGAGACCGCCGAGGUCAGGUCGCCGCUCGACAACGACGGACACGGCACCCACACGGCGUCCAUCGCCGCGGGCCGCUACGUGUUCCCGGCGUCCACCCUCGGCUACGCGCGCGGCGUCGCCUCCGGGAUGGCGCCCAAGGCGCGCCUCGCCGCGUACAAGGUGUGCUGGGUGGGCGGCUGCUUCGACUCCGACAUCCUCGCAGCCUUCGAUGCCGCCGUCGCUGACGGCGUCGACGUUGUUUCUCUCAGCGUCGGCGGUGCCGUGGUGCCGUACUACCUCGACGCCAUCGCGAUUGGGGCGUUCGGCGCGACAGAGGCUGGCAUCGUUGUGUCCGCGUCGGCCGGCAAUGGCGGUCCAGGAGAUCUCUCUGUGACCAAUGUGGCGCCCUGGAUGACCACCGUAGGCGCUGGGUCCAUGGACCGCGCCUUCCCUGCCAACGUGCGUCUCGGCAACGGCCAAGUGCUCGACGGCGUGAGCGUGUACGGCGGGCCGGUGCUCCAAUCCGGCAAAAUGUACGAGCUGGUAUACGCGGGGGCAACCAGUUACUCCGCGUCGACGUGCCUGGACGGGUCGCUGGACCAGGCGGCCGUGCGCGGAAAGAUCGUGGUGUGCGACCGCGGCGUGAACUCGCGCGCCGCCAAGGGCGACGUGGUUCACCGCGCGGGCGCUGCCGGGAUGGUGCUCGCCAAUGGGGCGUUCGACGGGGAGGGCCUCGUAGCCGACUGCCACGUCCUGCCAGCCACCGCCGUAGGCGCGGCCUCCGGCGAGAAGCUCCGUAAGUACAUCGCGUCGUCCAGCCCGCAGAAGCCAGCCACGGGCACCAUCCUGUUCGAAGGCACUCACCUCGGCGUGCACCCAGCGCCGGUGGUGGCAGCAUUCUCGGCGCGUGGCCCGAACCCCCAAUCCCCAGAGACACUCAAGCCGGACCUGAUAGCCCCCGGCCUGAACAUCCUCGCCGCGUGGCCCAGCGGCGUCGGCCCGGCAGGCAUCCCCUCGGACGGCCGGCGCACGGAAUUCAACAUCCUCUCCGGCACGUCCAUGGCCUGCCCGCACAUCUCCGGCCUGGCGGCGCUGCUUAAGGCGGCGCACCCGACGUGGAGCCCCGCGGCCAUCAAGUCGGCGCUCAUGACCACGGCCUACACCAGGGACAACAGCAACGGCACCAUGACCGACGAGUCCACGGGCAAGGUGGCGGGCGUGUUCGACUUCGGCGCCGGGCACGUGGACCCGAUGCGCGCCAUGGACCCGGGCCUCGUCUACGACAUCGCGCCCAUGGACUACGUCAACUUCCUCUGCAACCUCAACUACACGGAGCAGAACAUCCGGGCCAUCACGCGGCGGCAGGCCGACUGCCGCGGCGCGCGCCGCGCCGGCCACGCCGGCAACCUCAACUACCCGUCCCUGUCCGCCACAUUCACGGCGGACGGCGCGAAGGCGAAGAUGAGGACCCACUUCAUCCGCACGGUGACCAACGUGGGCGGCGGCAGGUCGGUGUACCGCGCCACCGUGAGGGCGCCCGAGGGGAGCACGGUCACGGUGCGGCCCGAGCGGCUGGCGUUCCGGCGCGACGGGCAGAAGCUGAGCUUCACGGUGCACGUGGAGGCCGCGGCGCCGAUGCCGCCGGCGACGGCGAUGGAGCCCGGGAGCUCGCAGGUGAGGAGCGGGGCGCUGACGUGGAGCGACGGCAGGCACGCCGUGGUGAGCCCGAUCGUGGUCACGCUGCAAGCGCCAGUGCAGUAGGCAGGCCGGCUCAUUCUAAAGAUCGAUCGAUUCUAAAGAUCAAUCGACCGAGCCAAGUUAACACGAUCUCCGGCAUGUAGACUACCUACGUACGUACUUACUACUAGUGGCUAUGAUUUGGAUCAAGAGCUUUUCUUAGGGAA